UGAGCCCCAGCUCAGACGGGGGCGGGGACCGGCGGGGCGGGGCGGGGACGGCGGCCGGGGCGCCCCGGGCUCGCGCGGGCACGUGGCGGGCGCGGCGGAGGCGCCCCUGGGGUGCCCGGCUGACGAAAGGCAGGUCCCUGGGGAGCUCCACCGCCUCCAGCCUGGCAGCGGGUCCCCGCGGGCGCGCGGGCCUCGGGGCGGGGCCGGGAGGACGGCGCGGGCGGCGGUGGCCGGAGGCGGCGGCGGCGGCGCCCAGGGGCGGCGGGGCCCCCUGAUUCUCCGCGGCGGCGCAGCCGGCCGGGAAGCCGAGCUCAGGCUUCCAGAAUGAUCAGCGGCGCCGCAGAGGAGGGGGAGUAAGCCGCCGCUCCGUGGGCGGUCUGCCAUGGCCUGUGAACCCCAUGUGAGCCCUGGCGGGGCAGCCGGCCCACUGCCCACUUCGAUUUCCGGCUGGAGCCCCCUGCCUGCAGGCAGUCCUCCGGGCUGGGGCCCAGAGCUGCACAAUGGGCAGGUUCUCACGGUUCUCCGCGUGGACAAUACCUGCGCCCCCAUCUCCUUCGACCUGGCAGCCGCCGAAGAGCAGCUUCAGACCUGGGGGAUUCAGAUCCCCACCGACCAGUACAGGAGCUUGGCCGAGAGCGCGCUCCUGGAGCCCCAAGUGAGGAGAUAUAUCAUCUACAACUCCAGACCGAUGCGGCUGGCCUUCGCUGUGGUCUUCUACGUAGUGGUGUGGGCCAAUAUCUACUCCACCAGCCAGCUGUUUGCCCUGGGCCACCACUGGGUGGGCAUGCUGCUUGUGACCCUGGCUGCCGUGACCCUCACGCUGACCCUUGUGCUCAUCUUUGAGAGGCAGCAAAAGAAGGCCAAUACCAACACGGACCUCAGGCUGGCCGCGGCCAACAGGGCGCUCCUGAGACACCGGGUGCUGCUGGGCGUGACGGACUCCGUGGAAGGCUGCCAAAGCGUGAUUCAGCUCUGGUUCGUCUACUUUGACCUGGAGAACUGUGCGCAGUUUUUGUCUGAUCACGUGCAAGAGAUGAAGACGAGCCAAGAGUCUGUGCUGAGAAGGCGACUGAGUCAGAUAUGUGUUGUCAUGGAGACUGGGGUGAGCCCCGUGAUGGGGGCGGAGGAGCCCCAGGACCUGCUGGAGGAUGCGCCUCUCCUUCCGGGCAGUCCGCAUCCCACGGAGAAGGCGCUCCUGCAGACUGAGCUUCGCGAGCUCGUGCCCGAGGCGGAGCCAGAGGAAAUGGCUCAGCAACUGCUGGCGGUGUUUGGCGGCUACUACAUCCGCCUCCUGGUGACCUCGCAGCUCCCCCCGAUAGCAGGGCCGCGGCACACAGACUCCCCGACGGUUCCAUGCCCCUGCCAGCUCAUAGAAGCCCACGUCCUGGGCACGGGGUGCUGCCCGUUCCUGGCCAGGUGACCGUGGGACAGACUGCAGGUGAGCGUCAGGGAGAGCUCACAUGGCGAGGGUUGCAUAAGGAAAGAUCUGGGGGGUGCUCGGGGGUGCCAGGCACACCCACAGCCAGCGGAGAGAGUCAAAGUGUCGUGCCCUCUCCUGGACCCUGCAGGGACACAGAACAGUUUGUCAACCGCCCACACCGACCCCUGGCCUUUCUGGAAGCGGAAGUCCCUGAGCGGGCCCUGUCCUGGGCUCCUGGGGCAGGAUGGAACAGCUGUACCCACACCUUUGGCUAUCUGGAGAGCCCAGAACAUGUGAAGAUAACCAGAGGAGGGGCCAACCUGGUGUCCACUCUUGUAGUCUCAGGACAUGCUCCCAUCCCCCGUACCUUCGUGCCGAGUGGGGAAACUGAGGCUCAGAGAGGACACUGCCUGGGACCUCUUGGAUGGUACGACCACCUGCCUGUUCCCAGGUGAGGAACAGCCAGCUUGGAAUGUUCUCCUGUGCUCAGUCUUCUUCCCGUCUGGUUUGUCAGGCCAGUGGCCCCCGUUCCUGCUGUGUAUGAGUCACGCUGGACGAACCUUCCACAGCUGCACCGGAUGGAGCCCGUCCGACUCCAGGGCCUGAGCGCGGGUGAUGGUGUUUCUGGCUGCACAUGUGGAGUGUCCAUGCUGCUUUCUGAUGGCCACCCCGUCCCCAGUGAAACCUGGUUCCUCAAGAAGAGCUGCGAGGUGCCGGCUUCUGUGCUGCCCAAUGUGUGGGACACCCCAGGCCAGAGAUCCUUCUCAGAGGCAGGCGGAAUAGUUUCUCUGGGCUGGAGCAUUUGCUUUCUAUGUAGGAGGCCCCCAUUGGAUCCUGAUCACUGCCAGAUGUGACCCCCAAGUCAAACUCGCUCUGCAGUGGAAGACUCCCCAGCCUCCGAGACACGGUCCUUACCUGCAGCUUAAACUUCACCCCCCACAAAACUCCUUCAUAAAGGGGAACUCCUGCACGGACGUCCCUAAUCUUUUCCUGUCUGUGGGACUCCGAAGCCUGCUUCAGAACCUGUCUUUACUUGGCCUUCCUGCGGGAAGCGUUUCAACAUCACUAGCCUGCUACUGUCUGCCUCCUUUGAGUUCUUGAUGUUUAAUGAUGAUGAAUGAUGUUUAAUGCUUUUAAAAAAAAUUUCCCGUGCAUGUACCCAUUUUUCUAGCUGGAUUCUCUGUUCUUAAGGUGAAAUACAAUACUUUAUAUAUAUUUUUGUGCAUGGCCCUGACCUGGUGUUGAGAAAAAGAAAUCGUGUGAAUUGAUUACUUUGCCAUCUUCACGAGAGAACUAGUUUCUGCCCAGGUGCUGUUUGCCUAAAGAGGAGCCUGGCACAGCCCUGGGUUCUGGUCCUGAUCUGUCCCUUUCCCCUAUGUGGCUUUGGUCUGGUUUUCAGUUUACCCACUUACACUAUGGCUUGGUUAUAUUAGAUGAUGGAUGCUUCUUAGUGGCCCCUUUAAAGCCAAAGUUCUGG